AUGAAUCUUCAUUGGUUACACAUAAUUGUAUUGUUAUUCACCUCAAUAUGUCUUUUAACCAAUUCACAAAAGUUGCCCAUUCUACAAAAUUUCAUGGCAAUAACUGAAAUAUUUAAUUUACCGUAUACGACGCUUUUACCAACUCCUAAAAGAACGAAACUUUUAGGCUUACCACCACUGCCAAGCUAUUCUUCAGCCAUAGAAGUAAUUACAACAACGCAAUUACCAAUUGUACCAAAUCACACAACAAUUGCACCACUGCUAAGGUUAUUCAACCUAUCAUUAUUUACAUUGCCACCACCGCCAAAUAUUGACACCUAUGGUAUCAAUACAAUACCAGAAUUACCACCACAACAUGAAUCCAUCUAUGAGGGAAUGUUUGCACCGGAUGGUAGCUUGCUCAGGAAUACCACGAAAAAAACUACCAAUGCUAAACAAACUGAAACAAAUACGAUUUAUAAUCAAAAUCGAUUAGAACAAAAUGAUGAAAGUAUACGUGAUAUACGAAUGGCAAAUAUACGUGCUGCUGAUAGUCCAAUUCUUUAUGAUGAUUAUGAUUUCCGUCAUGAUGAGAAACGUAUGAGUAAUUAUGAAGAAAGUAUGAUUAUGGCUAAUUUCUUGCGUAAACAUACGCCACAUAGCAAAAACAAUGUAAGGAUGUUAUCAGCUGAACCUAUCAAUAAUGAUAAGACAAUCAUUUUAUCAAAAUCGACAAUUGAAAAUGCUGCAGCAAUAAUUACUACCACAGUAUCUAAAGCUGAAGGAGAAAAACCUCAUAAGCUUUUUCCGCGAUCAGAUCAAUCACCAACACAAGUAAUGCCAGUACGAGUAGCGAAGAAAACUUCCGAAAACAGAACUAUUAUUCAAUUGCCAAUGUGGCAAACACAUGAAAUUGAAAGCUUAGAUCGGACAACAAUUCAACCUAACCUUUAUUUUGUUGUUCGUGAUGGAGAAAUUAAGCAUAAUGAAGUUGUAACAUUGUCUACCACAAAGUCUAAAUCUAAAUCAACAGUACCAUAUGCCAAUUAUUUGUCAGAAAAAGAAAUUGUGUCACAACAGCAUGACACUGCAGCGGAAUCAACCAAGUUAACUCAAAAAUUACCUAUUAACAGUUCAUUUCCAGUACAACUUGAUGAGAAGCAACAAAAACAACAACAACAGCAACAACAGCAACAACAACAACAACAACAGAAGCAACAACAACAACAGCAGCAACAACAGCAACAACAGCAGCAGCAACAACAACAACAAUACCAACAAUAUCAACAAUCGAUUUUCAUGAAUGGUACAAAUACAUAUGCACAACGCGCGGUACCGAGUGUUGUGACAACACCGAUAAAACAAUUUUACAAUUUGAAUGAUCAGCUUCAACAAUCAUCUCCCCAAUAUCAAAAUGGCCAACAACCCUCCCAAUACCAAUUUCAACAACAACCUCUUCAAUAUCAAACUCAACAACAGCCUUCACAUUAUCAACUUCAAUAUCAGCAACAACAACAACAACCUCUCCAGUAUCAAUUUCAACAGCGACAACAACCGAAUCCAGCACGUGAUGCUGAAGAUAAAGCGUAUCUUCGAGAAGUGGAGGAAUAUGAUCAUUUCUGGGAAAAUGAGCAUGUAUCACCUGCACAACAUCAACAAAAAAGUAUUCCACAUUAUUCGGCCAACACAUCGAAGCCAUUUAUCGCCAAAAAUCUUCCACAGUUAGUGUAUCCUGUGCAGCAACAACAAAAUCAUCAACAACAACAUCUACAACAACAACAACAACAACAACAUCUACAACAACAACAUCUACAACAACAACAACAACAACAACAACAACAUCUACAACAACAACAACAACAUCAACAAUGGCAACGAAAAUCUUUGCAACCACAACAUUCAGGUUUAGAAUUUUAA